UUUCUCCUUGGGUAGGAGUGGUUAAAACGACGUACCGGAUACAGCGUGGGCCAACUGGAGAUACAUCUGUGGAGCAAAAGAUCCACUUGAGAGAAACACAGCCAUGUUUAGAAGGGCAUCAGUGCAGGUGUUCCGGCAGUAUGUCAGACAUCAGUCAAACGAAAUGAACUCUCUCAUCCUGGAGAGAUCUAUGAACCGAGUGCAGCUCCUGGGGCGCGUGGGUCAGGACCCAGUGAUGCGGCAGGUUGAGGGGAGAAACCCUGUCACCAUCUUCUCCAUGGCAACCAAUGAGAUGUGGCGAUCGGGGGAAGGGGACACCACUUCUACAGAUGUCAGCCAGAAGACCACGUGGCACAGGAUCUCUGUGUUCCGGCCAGGGCUGCGGGAUGUGGCUUACCAAUAUGUGAAAAAGGGAGCUCGUGUUCUGGUUGAAGGAAAGCUUGAUUAUGGGGAAUAUGUGGAUAAAAACAAUGUCAGACGACAAGCCACCACCAUUAUAGCAGACAAUAUCGUCUUUUUAAGUGACACCUUGAAGGAGAGAGCGUGAGAAAACCAACCACCGCCCAUUCCUCAAACCGUGACGUUCCUAUAAUUCUCAGCCAGUCAGAUUGUUCACAUGUAAGAGAAUGUAAGCUGUCAGUUGAUCAUUUUGAAAGCAAGAAAAAUAUGUUUGAAGUUUCUGAGGGACUGUAAUUUGUAUAAAAGUUUUCUCUUUCUUACUUUGACUGGAUACUGUAAAUACUGCUUCGAUGGGUUUGAUGUCUUCAAACUUUCUGCUGGUUUAGUAGACUUGGAUAACUUCAGAUGGCAUCUGUUUCCACUGAUGGCUUCAAUUUACUUUUAGUUAAGUGCCCUCUGUAUCAAAUCAUGACACUGAGCAUACACUGCAGAAUCAGCAAUCCAGAUGCAAAAGAGACUUACUAGAUUUCUCACUGCAAAGGCUCAAUGUCCACAAGGCCUGUUUCGGGGCAAAGGUUUAUCUUUGCAAUGUAAUUAAUAACAUUGAGCAACAUUUAAAAAAUUUAAAAAUGUAGUUGAAAAAUAGAUGAUGUGCCUUCCAUUAAUAAUGUACCAUUUCUAAUCAGAGUAGUUUUCCUCUGCUGCAUUGUCACAUCACAAAGCUACACAAUCACCAUUUCCAAUUAACAUUUUACUUUAAUCAUGCCAACCACAAGCCAGAAAUGGGAUGUAUGUGUGAAAAAAACUAUUCUGCUUGUGGGAGGAACAAAUAAUGCAAAGACCGUUCUCGUAAAGAACAGAUUGCAUAAUUAGAAACAAUGUAUCCAAAGCCGUUCUGUGUUCUACAGAGCCCAGUCGUAUUUGUAAUAAUGAGACCUCAAUUAUUUGAACACGUGUGGCUCCUUUAGUACUCCCUCAGUCAGCUAGGGGGCAGGUAACCAAUUAACAUGGAUUUAGUUUGAUAUUAUUUAUGCACUAUUUACAAUUAAUAAAAAAUAUAGAAUAAAAAAAGCUUUAAGAAAUAAUGUUCUUAUUGGCUUGUGAUUUUACCAGUGCAGUAUUUGUUUAAUAAAAGGUCAGUGUUUAUUUUACUGUUUUUGUUCAUAUUACAUUAUACUGUAAAUGUUACACUUUACAAAUACUGCUUAUAUUUCCAAAUAUCCAUUUAACUUUACCCUUUCAAACCAUUCUGUUCAAGGCGCCAUUCACCUCAAUCUGUUUCUUGAUGAAAACAAAGGUAAAAGGUCUGGAGUGUCUUUUGGAAUUGCCAGAUCCCAUUCCAAUAGAAAUUAUCUGAAAAAGCUGUAGCCAAGCAUUGUGUAUCCAGUCUGUCUGAGCUGAAGGAAAUAUGCAAGACAGAAUGGGCCCAGAU